AACGGUUGUCCGCGCGUAAUUUGAGAAUAACCCCCUCAAGGCGGAAGUGUGAAACCAAUAUGCCAAUCUUGUGUUGCAAAUGUCAAGCAAAAGGAUAUAUCAAACGUCCAAAAACUGUAUGUUUCUUUUGAAUUAGUUUUGAACUUAUCGACUGACGACAAUUUAGGGUGAUAUUAUGUGUAAAAAAUGUUUUUCUUGGUGUUUUGAAGAAGAAGUACAUUGGACAAUUGUACAUGCAAAACUUAUUAGUCGUGGGGAUAAAAUUGCAAUUGGUGCCUCCGGUGGUAAAGAUUCUACCGUAUUAGCUUACAUAUUAAACUUGUUAAAUAAACGAUAUGAUUAUGGUGCAGAAUUGUUUCUUUUAUCGAUUGACGAAGGUAUAAGUGGAUAUAGAGAUGAUUCAUUGAUGACUGUUCAACGAAAUCAAAUUCAAUAUGCACUUCCAUUAAAAAUUCUUUCCUAUCAGGAUUUGUAUGGAUGGUCAAUGGAUGAUAUUGUAAAACGAGUUGGGAAUAAACGAAAUUGUACUUACUGUGGAAUAUUUCGUCGUCAGGCGUUGGAUAAAGGUGCACUACUACUUGGAGCUAAUAAAAUAUGUACUGGUCAUAAUGCUGAUGAUAUUGCAGAGACGGUGUUAAUGAAUAUUCUCCGAGGUGAUAUUGGCAGAUUAAAACGAUGUACAGCUAUAAUGACAGGUGCAGAUGAUAUACUACCUCGUUUUAAACCGUUUAAAUAUGCUUAUGAAAAAGAGAUUGUUAUGUAUGCGCAUAUGCAUAAGUUGGAUUAUUUUUCAACUGAGUGUAAAUAUGCACCACAAGCUUAUCGAGGGCAUGUAAGAAGCUUUAUCAAGGAUUUGGAGAGAAUACGACCUAGAACUAUCAUAGAUAUUAUAGCUUCUGGUGAACGCAUGGCUAUUCGAAGUGAUGUAAAGAUGCCUCAAAAAAGUACUUGUGAUAAAUGUGGAUGCAUUUCCAGUCAACCCAUAUGUCAGGCAUGCAUUCUAUUAGAACAACUGAAUUCUGGUUUACCACAAAUAACUAUAAAAGAUACCAAUCAAAUUGAUUAAUCAUAUAAUGUAAAUUUUUGUAAAAACUUCAUAUCACACAUAUCAGAUAUUGUGAAUAUAUUUCUAUUUAUUUGCACAAUAAUUCCUACAAGGUGACAAAUUAUUCAUUUAAAGUGUGCUAAAUUGGCUGUGUAUUUUUUGAAAGAUUCAUGUGUACAGGAAUAGAAAUAAGCACUUAUUAAAUAAAUAUAUUUUCG